UCAUGUUUUUGUUGAUAUUUUUUUAAUGUACGUAGAAAAAUCACUAACUUGGAACAUUAAAUAUUAAUAUAACCAAGGGAUACAAAUCGUUACGUUACAACCACUGCCUAAUAGAUUCUGUUAUUUAAUUUUUAGCGGCCCUAAGAUGAGUGACAACAACGGAAAAUCUCGUCUCGUAUCAUAUGAACAAGUGAAGUCUAUCAUAGACUUCAUGGCACAGCAUGUGGAGUUUGCUUCAGGUAACCUUAGAUCUCUUGAAGCCAGACACACAUCCAAAAGGCUAUGGGAAGAGCUGGCUAAAAUACUGAACUCCUGCCGAGGAGGCACUAAGAAGACUACAGAUGGAUGGAGUAAGUAUUGGAGUGAUUUCAAAAAUAAAUUAAAGAAUAAGGUUUGGUUGCUAAAGAGGAAGAAAGCUGGAAAUUCUCUCAAGGGUGUUAGGCCACUGACCAAAAUGGAGAAGCGAGUUCUAGCCAUAUUGGGACCUUACUAUGAGAAGAAAAAGUCCAAAGAUGCUGACUCACAUUCCUCUUUUCAAAACAAUAUGCAUCCGAAAGUCAAAUUGGAAACCUUUCAGGAGACAGUACAUGUAAAUAGUUUUAGUAAAGCAAAUAAUGCAACCCGCAGGCUCUCAGGUGGUGAAGAUGACAGUGAUUACAGUGCCGAAUCCUUUGAAGGUGAAUACACAAAUGACAAUGACUCAAAUGCACCUGCGUUACAGAGUAUCUAUCCAAAAUGGUUGAUAGAAGUAGAGAAAAAGCGUGCGGAUGCAGAGUUAAUACGAGCGAAAGCAGAAGAGCAGCGUGCUGUGGUUGCAUCAAAGACUGCUGAAGCUUCAUUGCUGCAGGCUGAAGCACUGAGAAGACUGGCAGAUGCUGCCACUACACAGGCGGAGGCUAUCACAAGGAUAGCUGGUAUACUGGAGUCCAGGGCACAGAGGAACAGUAUGCUGGAUUUGUAAUUCAGGAAUUGGUAGCUCUGAACAUUAUGAUGUACAGUAAUGCCAGAACAUAAACUACUUAAACUUACUUAAUUGUCUCAUGAUAAAGUCGAAAACUGAACGAUUAUAAUCUGAUAAUUUAGGGUAGCUUGAUAUGCUGGCAUCUAUAGAUCAAAUAGAUCAAAACAAUUUUAUUAAUAUUACACAAAAACUGUACUAUAUAAGUCUAGAGAGGCUCAUGAAAAAGGAAUUGAAUCUUGAUUAUUGCGCAAUUAAAUUAUAUUAUUUUUAGUUACAACUGUAGAUGUGGUAGGUCAUUAGUGUUAUGAUUUUAAGUGUAGAUGUAAUUUAAAUCUAUCUGCUUCAUAGUAGGCCGUAUCAUAGGUACUACCAGGUGAGGUAGUGGCUAAACAUCGGCCAAUCAAAUUUAAAAAAAUAAUUGUAGAAUCGAAAAAUUGUUACAUAAUACAUAUAUAUAUGUUAUUUUUAUUCCUAAAUGUAUGUGAUAAGUUUA